GACAUUAUCGUAAAUAUCGUGGUGGAAGCGCUAUUGAAAAAUUGGUCUUACAGUGGGACUUCUAAUCAAUUUGUAAUUUGUUUCUCCCUGAAUCGAUAACGUGCGCGGAAAGCUGCUGCUCGCCUGGCCAUCGCCGUUAUAUUUCCGGAAAAUAUGCUGUAGUUUCGAUCCAUUAGUUCUUUCUAGACAUCUGCCGUUUGGUUCCUUUGUAGACAUCUGCAUCCACAAGAACUCCACAAGGCUAAUAAUAAAAUGAGCAAGGUAUCGCGUUAUCCCUCCUCGGAUGGCAAGGUUUAUGUGGGAGAUUUAGGGAGCAGUGCUAGUAAGCAACAAUUGGAGGAUGUAUUUUCCUACUACGGACCUUUGCGUAAUGUCUGGGUUGCCAGAAACCCUCCUGGAUUUGCUUUUGUUGAAUUUGAAGAUCCUAGAGAUGCAGAGGAUGCUGUGAGAGGAGUGGACGGUCGUAUUAUAUGUGGAAGACGCGUUCGCGUGGAAUUGUCAAAUGGAAAGAAAUUAAGAGACAGAGGCUUCUCUAGAAGAGGCAUUGGAAGACCUUUUCAUCCAGAAGAUAAAUGUUACGAAUGUGGUGAAAGAGGCCAUUAUGCAAGAGAUUGUCACCGUCAUAGAAGUUCUCGUAGAAGGAAGAGUUGCGGCUGAACAUACAGCACACGCAUGUGAAAUGUGUGUUGCUACCUGACAUUGUCGCGCGAGAUUCGCCUUGGGUUCACGUUUGUGACACACCGCGCGUCGUAGUUACAGCGUAGAGCACUCCGCAUCUACUUUGGGUUUCCCUCUGCACACUCUGCGGGCGAGAAAACGCGGCAAACAUGGGCCGCGACCGACCGGACACGGGGUGGCUAGUUCUGCGCACUGCUACGAUACCAAUCCGCUGACCACAGACCAUAACCCUAAAUCGAGAAUUUAUGCACGUCUGGCACUUCUGGCGUUCUUCAUUCAGCUGAUUCCGUGAUUUCUGCCUAAUCGUCGUUCCCGUCGUAGUCGUCGUUGCGUCGUCAUCGCGUCGUCUUCAUCGUCAUCAUCGUCGUUGUCGUCGUUGUCGUCAUCGUCGUAAUACUUAACGAUUGCUGAGAGACGAACUUUCAGCGGUCUUGUCUUUAGCCACUCCUCAUCCGUUCAUUUCGGACCCUCUCGUAAUUUCAUCUGCAUAAAGGGCUCAUCCGCUCUCCCUUCUCGGUGCAGCUAUCGCGCACGCAAUCCACAAUUGUCUACUAUAAGCACAGCCGAGAAAGAUGGUGGUCCCGUUCGCGAUCAAAGUCCAAAUCAAGAUCACGAUCGCGAUCGCGAUCGCGAUCACGAUCGCGCUCACGUUCCCGCUCAAGAU